AACAUGGGCUAUUUGAGAUCAUCUUUUGUUCUCUUUCUUCUAGCUUUUGUGACUUACACUUAUGCUGCCACUUUCGAGGUCCGAAACAACUGUCCAUACACCGUUUGGGCGGCAUCGACCCCCGUAGGUGGCGGUCGACGUCUUGAUCGAGGCCAGACCUGGACCAUCAAUGCCCCACCAGGGACAGCGAUGGCACGUAUAUGGGGUCGUACUAAUUGCAACUUCGAUGGUUCUGGCAGAGGUUCGUGCCAGACUGGUGAUUGCGGUGGAGUCUUGCAGUGCACCGGGUGGGGCAAACCACCAAACACCCUAGCCGAGUACGCCUUGAACCAAUUCAACAACCUAGAUUUCUGGGACAUUUCUUUAGUCGAUGGAUUCAACAUACCGAUGACUUUCGCACCGACCAAUCCUAGUGGUGGGAAAUGCCACGCAAUUCAAUGCACGGCCAAUAUAAAUGGUGAAUGCCCUGGUUCACUCAGGGUACCAGGAGGAUGUAACAACCCUUGUACAACGUUUGGAGGACAACAAUAUUGUUGCACCCAAGGUCCAUGUGGUCCUACUGAGUUGUCAAAAUUUUUCAAGAAAAGAUGCCCUGAUGCCUAUAGCUACCCACAAGAUGAUGCUACUAGCACAUUUACUUGCCCAAGUGGUAGUACAAAUUAUAGGGUAGUGUUCUGUCCUAAUGGUGUUACUGGCCCAAAUUUUCCAUUGGAGAUGCCUGGUAGUGAUGGAGUGGCUAAGUAGAGUUUUGAGUCUCUUUGUUUAAAUUUUGUUUGAAGUGGCUUGUAAUAAACCAAAGAUCUGAAUAAGAGUCACAUCAUCACACAUGUACUUUUGUGUUGAUUUUUA